AUGAAUAAUAAUAGUAAUAUUUUCAGGCCACCAUCAUGUCACAAAGUAUAAACUCCUUAGUUUGCCAAAGAAUAGUAAUAACCCAAAAAUGCGAAAGGAAAUAAUAGACAAGUUUUUAGAAGUAUUCUAUUAAUAUGAAAAAAACAAUAGUCUAGACAUUUAAAUUGAGUCCAAAUUUCAAGAAUAAUCUAAGUUAAAUGCCAUCUACCUAAGAUAGUACAUAAAUGGUUAAGUUUAGCAUUGGAAUAGCGACUGGCUGAUCAGACUUCAGAAAUAAAAUUACUUUAAAAUCAAAUAGCAGAGUUAAAGAAAUAAAAUGAGCUAUUAGAGUAAAGAUUGAGAAAGGCCAAUUCAGUACUUCUUAAAUUAAUUUUAGACUGUUUCUGAUUAUUGGAUUAAAGUUAAAGAUACAUAAACUAAACUCCAGCAGGUGUCAAAUAAAUUUCGAAGUAGCAGAGACAAGAAAAAAAUGUAUAAAAGGAGAAUAAUAGAUGCUUUGAAUUACUUUUAUGGUAGAUACACAGAUGCCUAAUGUAAGUGAAAUAAUGAAAAUAGAAUAGAAUGCUCCAUUUUUAUAAUUAGAGGAACUAAGAUAAAUUUUACUACAAUUAGGAAUGCAUGAAUCCAUUGUCUAAGAAAUGCAAUAUUUAAGUCAAUAAGCUCAAAAUUAGUUGAAUGUUAAUAUUGACAAUAUGACAUAUGAAUAAAUUUUAAACCUACAAGAGAGAAUUGGGUAUUUUCUAUGUUCAAUAUUGCUAGUCAUCAAAAUGUAGGAUUAACGAAAUUGCAAAUAAAAGAGAUUCCGAAAAGAACCAAAGAAGCACAUGACAAUGUGGAAGAAAUGUAAAAUAUUUUAAUUCUAUAUAUGAAUAGCUGCACUGUUUGUUAUGAUCCAAUAUAAACUGGAAAUGUAUAUAGAUAACUACCAUGCAAUCACAUUUAUCAUUCAAAGUGUAUAAAAGCGUGGCUCUUGAAUCACAAAAAGUGUCCAGUCUGUAAUAUAGAAGUGAUUCUUGGUUCUGAGUAACAUGAAGACCAUAAUCACUAACAAACACAAUGA